AUGAGUCAAGAGUUAGUUUGGAAUUUCGAGUAUACUGUUGCUCACGUUAGUGAUUACAUAUCAGAAUAUAUGAUAUUUAAUCUAUUCAAACCUGAAGACAUCAAAAAUAUAUUGAAAGCUGCAACACUAACUCCAGAUGAAUUCAUCGAUUUAAUGAGGCAGUCAGUACCUACUGUUAAAGCUUCCGAUCUAUAUAAAUAUACUCGAAAUACAAGAAUUUCAAUAAGUAAUUUAGAAGAAGUUAUUAGAGUUCUCAAAACUAUUCAAAAAUACAUGAAAUUGAGAUAUAUUGACGCAAUUAUUAAUAUUUUCUGUCAAACGAAUGAAGAAAUUACAUCUUCAAAAGCAAAAAUAUCGAAUCUUGAAAACCAAAUUGAAAAACUUAAAUCAGAAUUAAACAAAUUAUUAAACAGCGAGAGAGAGUUUACAUCUAUGAGAUCACAAAUUUUACAAAAUAACAAAAUCAUUACAGAUUUAAAGAAAGAAAUCAAAGUCAAAGAGGAGGAGAAUGUCCAGAUUACUGAAGAAAACGGCAAAAUAAAGAAACUACUCGAAGAAAAAGAAGCAAAAAUCCUUCAUAUUAAUGACAAAAAUAUCAAACUGAAGAGAGAAAUUAAAGCAAAAGAAUCAAAAAUCAAUCAGAUUAAUGAUGAAUUGAAUACAAAAGAAAUUCUUUAUAAAAUUGCAGGGUACAAAAAUUCCGAUGAUUUUGAUGCAAUAUAUAAAUUCCUUUCUGAACUUGCAAAAAAAGGAAAUCAAAAGAUAAUGAUGAAAGCAUUUGAGGAAGGAUUAUGUGAAAAGAAAGAGAAAGGAUCAGAGAGAUAUAUGCUUCAUAAAGCUUCUGAUAACGGGAAUCUCAUACUUGUUAAAUCACUCAUUGAAUGUGGAUGUGACAUAGUAGCAAUGGAUACCCAAGGUUUUACUCCACUCCAUUGUGCAUCAGAGAAUGGCCAAAUCGAUAUUGUUAAGUAUCUUAUUUCUGUUGGAGCUAAUAAAGAUGCAAAGAGUAAUAGUGGAUAUAAUCCGCUCCUGCUGGCAUCAAAAAAUGGUCAUCUUGAAGUUGUCAAAUGUCUUAUCUCAUUUGGAGCUGAUAAAGAAGCAAAGAAUAAAUAUGGAUCUACUCCACUCAUUAUUGCAUCAAUAGAAGGAAAACUUGAUAUUAUUAAAUAUCUUAUCUCUGUUGGUGCUGAUAAAGAAGCAAAGAAUAAUUAUGGAUAUACUCCGCUCAUUAUUGCAUCAUUAAAUGGUUAUCUUGAAAUUGUUAAAUAUCUUAUCUCAGUUGGAGCAAAUAAAGAAGCAAAGAAUAAAGAUGGGAAAACUCCGCUCCUAUUGGCAUCAGAAAAUGGUCAUCUUGAAAUUGUUAAAUAUCUUAUCUCUGUUGGUGCUGAUAAAAAAGCAAAGGAUAAAGCAGGAAAUACUCUAUUCAGGUGUGCUGAAAGUCGUGUGAGAGAUUAUCUUCUAUCAAUCGGCAUUAAAUAA